ACACACACAAAAAAAAGUGGGCCGAGCGCAAAGAUUGAGGAAGGAAGUGGGAAAAAAAAGUCUCUCUUCGUUCGGCUCGGCUCAAAUCGGCUUACCUGCAGCGAUGCAUGCCGACUUGAGCAAAAGUUAAACAAGGCUGCGCGCGCGUAAGGCAACUCGCUGAAAAACUUUUCCGUCAUGGCGUCUGUGGUGCAAAUGAACGGCGGAGCACUUUUGAAUGAAGACACGGGCGAUCGUUCGGACGACUUCUCCGGCUUCCAGCGGUGGAUCGCCCCCGUCGGUUCCGCCUCUUCUCCGCCACCGAUUUCCGCUCCGGACAGCGAUCCCGAGGCGGCCUCGCCGAGGACGUCCAUCGUCGACUGCCUGCUGGUGGAGCUGUACGACACGUACGGCGGUAGGAGGAACGUGGACAGCUGGGACAGCUCCACCGAGGCGUCCGGCCCGGACGCUUUCCAGGGGCGCUGCGACGCCGGCUCCGGAUUCCUGCAAGAGCUCCAGGAGAAACACACCAGGAGGCACCAAGUCAACUAUUUGGCCCGCAAAGAGCCCAAGGAGUUGGUCGCCAUCAUCCAGGAGGUCAAAUACCGAACGGGCGUCCAGUCGGCCAAGCUGAUCCGCCAGUUGAGGCGGCGAGACAGACUGGUGCACAAAUUACAGAAGAAUUAUGACAUCAUCACCGCUUGCCUGCAGGCCGUCUCGCAGAAACGACGAGUGGACACGAGGCUGAAAUUCACCAUUGAACCUUCAGUUGGGAAGAAUGGAUUCCAGCAGUGGUACGACGCCCUCAAAGCUGUGGCCAGACUUCCGACCGGCAUUCCCAAAGAAUGGAGGAAACGGGUGUGGCUCACGCUGGCCGACCAGUACCUUCACAGCAUCUCCAUCGACUGGGAAAAGACGCUUCGCUUCGCGUUCAACGAGCGCAGCAACCCGGACGACGACUCUCUCGGCGUACAAAUCGUCAAGGACCUGCACAGGACAGGCUGCAGUUCUUACUGCGGCCAGGAGGGAGAGCAGGACAGGGUAGUCCUGAAGCGGGUUCUGCUGGCCUACGCCCGCUGGAACAAAGCGGUGGGCUACUGCCAAGGCUUCAACGUCCUGGCCGCGCUCAUCUUGCUGGUGACGCAAGGCGACGAGAGCGACGCGCUCAAGGUCAUGAUCUACCUGAUUGACAAAGUGCUGCCCGAGAGCUACUUUGCCAACAACCUCCGCGCGCUGUCAGGUCCUCCGAGAUUCUUUGCGAUCCGGCCGAGCGUCUUUUUACAAAGACCUCCUUCGGGCUUUUCUCGGUCGCCACCGACUUUACCCCCCCCUUUCCCCUCAGUGGACAUGGCGGUGUUCCGAGACCUGCUGCGCGUCAAGCUUCCCGGACUGUCCCAACACUUGCACCGCCUCCAGAAGGCGGCCAACAAGGAGGCGGGAGGGAGCUACGAGCCGCCGCUCACCAACGUGUUCACCAUGCAGUGGUUCCUCACCAUGUUCGCCACCUGCUUGCCGGCGCCCGCCGUGCUCAAGAUUUGGGAUUCGGUUUUCUUCGAGGGCUCGGAAGUGUUGUUCCGAGUCGCUCUCGCCAUCUGGGAAAGACUAGGCGAGAGGAUUUUGUAUUGCCAGACGGCCGACGAGUUUUACAGCACCAUGGGCCGUCUCACCGGGGAGAUGCUGGAGCGCAACCUCGUCGAUCCUCCUCAACUCAUACAGGAGGUUUACGGCAUGGCGGCCUUCCCCUUCCCUCAGCUGGCCGAGCUGAGGGAGAAAUACACUUACAACAUCACGCCCUUCCCGACCUCGGUGGAGCCCGACGGAAGCGGCUGGGAGAGCGACGACGAGGCGGCCGAAGACGACGCGGUCGCGUCGGCGCUCGGCUGUUUGGGGCCGCUCGGAGGUCUGCUGGCGCCGGAAAUACAGCGAUACCAAAAGCACCUCAAAGACCAGCGCGACAUAGCGGAGCUGAGUCCGGGCGCGGUCGGGGGAGGAGCCAGGGCGGAACACGAGGCGGCCGUCAACGGCAUGAUGACGGAGCGGAUGAGCACGGACGUCCACGCGCUCAAGAAGCAGUACGCUCGCAUCAAGAGGCGGCAGCAGCGGCAGGCCGCGCAGCUCUUCAUACGCACAGACAAGUGUCCCACCACCCGGGUCUUGCCGUCCCAACUCAACCCUUCCGGCGCCGUCGUCAACCAUCUGCUCCUGGGUCGGAAACCCCGCGGUCCUCCCGGCGGCUCCCGGCCCUCCGACGGAAGCGCGUCUUCCGCGGGCUCUCCCUGGCGAGCCCGCGUGCGCGCCCAUCGGCAGAACGUGGCCCGGGCUCGAGCUCGGUUGGGCUUCGGAGAUUCGGGAGAGUUGGACGAGGAACGCGGGGAUACCCGAGUCGAUGACGGCGUCUCCUCCGAGCGCGAAGGGGUUUCGGCGGAGGCGGAAGAGGUGGAGGUGCGUCUCGGCGCCGUGGACUUGGAGGACGAAGGUUCACACCGGACUUUGGAUCGCCGACUCGUCCCUCUACCUUCUUCGAUCGCGCCAGAAGAACCGUCACAUUUGGAGGUCACCGCCGACAGGGUGACGUCCUCUUUUCCGGUUCCCCGCGCCGCUUCCUCCACCCCUGUUCAAGGCCACUACAAAACCUCGCCCUCCUCCUCCGCACCGUCGCCCUCCUCCGUCGGGUCCUCGUCUCGUUCUUACUUUCCCUCCUCCCCGUCGGAACCGUCCUUCUCACCGGCGGCCAAGACGCCAAUCUUCUCGCCCUUCCCGUGCGUCAAACUGCCCAGGAAGUCGGCGGCCGCUCGGAGCCUGGGCCUGUACGGCCCUACCUCGCGGACGCCCGCCGUGUGCUUCCCCCAGCUGAACCGCACCACCCGGAGACGCUGAGAACAUUUCGCCACCGUGUUGCCUCCUGGCUAAGAAAAGGUCAAAAGCGGGAGCUUUUCCCAGCGCGCAAUGAAGCCAUUCACUUGUUUCUAUGCCAAGAAGACCUUUUUGUCUGGAAGUCAAAUAGGAUUGCUGGCAUGGCCACAGGGAAUGUAUGUGCAAAUAAACGAUAGACUUCAGCAGAUGUUUGUGUUUAGAAUGUUCAUUUUGGGGGGUUAAACAAGCCCUAGCAAAAAGUAUGGAAUCAGCAGCACUCACUCAGACGUUUUAUUUUGCAGAACAAACUCCGACAGCUUGAAAAAUGUAUGAAUUAGUU